AUGGCCACGCUCAACACCUCCAGCAACGGCCCCAACAUCACCCGGAGCUACCAGAAUGUCGUCAAUGCCCCGGCGCCAUCUGGUCCCCAGGCGAGCUCGCCCACAUAUGGUCAAUGGGCUGUCUUCACAGUAGCUGCCCCGCUUGUCAGCGCAUUCCAGCAAGACGGCGGAAAAGAGAGCGUCCUGAAGGUUCAGAGCACCGGAGAGGGAGAGCUACUCGACCUGAUAGACGAAUUCUCGGAUGGCCGCAUCCAGUUUGCUUUCGUCAAAGUCAAGGACCCCAACACGUCGCUGCCUAAGAACGUCCUGAUAGCUUGGUGCGGUGAGGGUGUUCCAGAGCGGACAAAGGGCUACUUUGGCAGCCACCUUACAGUUGUCUCAAAGCUUUUACAUGGAUACCACGUCCAAGUCACCGCACGUUCCGAUGCAGACCUCACCCCCGAGAGGAUCGUUGAGAAGGUCGCAGAUGCAUCUGGCGCCAAGUACGGCGGUGCCCCCGACGUUCCUGCCUCACGCGGCCCACCUCCCGUUGCCGCGAAGAAGCCUGUCUUUACACCCACGUCCAUCGGAGGCGGAAACUCUGGGUUCAACCCACUGGGCCGCUCGCGUGCGCCUGCGCCAAAGGGCGACGAAGAUGCAGAUGGCUGGGGUGCCGACGCCCCUCAAGUGUCUAGAUCGCAGCUGGAGAAGGUCGGGACCGCCUACACUCCCACCAAGGUCAACAUGGCCGAGCUUACCGCAAGGAAAGACGAAUCCACCGGCUCUCAGCCCUCGCAGAGCGAUCGCCCUGAAGUUGUGAAGGGCGCUUAUCAGCCAGUUGGCAAAGUCGACAUUGCAGCCAUCCGAGCCCAGGCGCGCGAUGCUAAAGACGACCGGCCUACCGUCGUCAAGGGCGCAUAUGAGCCUGUCGGCAAGGUCGAUAUCGCCGCCAUUCGUGCAAAGGCUCAAGCCGCGCCUCCAUCCUCCGGUGUGUCUCCAGCCGCGACAGGAGCGUCAAACAACGAGGAGGAGGAAGAGAAGCCGAAGUCACUUGCAGAGAGGUCAGCAGCCUUCACCGCCCAGGCCAAACCUCUCACCAGCUUGCCAAAGCCCAAGGUUGCAAACAAGUUUGCAGGUGCGAGCGCAUUCACUGGCACUAAGGCCCCCACGCCUGGAGGAUUCGGUGCAAAGCCCGCUCCUGCAGCACCUAUCGUUGGCGCUGCGAGCAAGACAUUCGCCGACGAGGGAGGAAAGACACCGGCGCAGAUCUGGGCCGAGAAGAAGGCGGCCCGUGGCGAGACCGUUGUUUCUCCUACCGCCGAUGCUGCAAGUCGCCCAACUCCUCUUCAGAGCCAACAAAGUGGAGGAGGUGGCUGGCAAAGUGGUUACUCUGGCAAAUCAUGGGCUCCUGUACAGACCACCCGAACAGGGCAGUCUGCCAGCAACCUCAGUGAGCAACGUACGGGUGACUCACCUCAACAGGAGGGACCAGCUUCGCCUGUAGCUGGGGGUGUAAGUUCGCUCAAGGAUCGCUUCUCAGGUGCCGCUCCCAUCAUGGGAGCACCCUCUUCGCGUCCUGUACCGGAGCCACAAGCCUCUAGUCCACCACCUCUCGACACUUCCAGCAAGCCUAACGCAGGCCCAAGGGGUGUCCCGAUGCCGGGCCUGCCUACCCGACCCAAGGAGCCAGAGGCAGAGGAACAGGACGUGCCUGCAACUCAACACCAGCGCAUGCCCUCUCCACCGCCCCAGCCGCCUCGCAGCCCAUCCCCCGAGCCUGCUGGUUCCCCCGUUCGUAUUGCAAUGCCUGUUGCUCGCGGACGGGAACCCGAGGAGAUGUCCCCUGCCGAGGAACACGCACCACCUAUGCCUGCUCGGUCGCUUGAUCAAGCAGCUAAGCAACAAGCACGCGACAUGUCUCCCGAGCCCCAAGUGGAGGCUAAGGAUCCUGCUCGUGGUGCUGGCGCCGCUGUCGCAGCUGCCACUUUCGGUGCCGCCGCUGUAGGAGGUGCCGCCGUUGGUGCUGCCGUCGCUUCUGGUCAAAAUGAUGAUGAGGGUGCAGGUGGCUCUGGAAAGCGCGCAGUCAUCCAGUAUGACUAUGAGAAGGCCGAGGAUAACGAGGUCGAGCUUCGCGAAGGCGAGUACGUCACGGAUAUCGACAUGGUGGACGACGACUGGUGGAUGGGCACCAACUCGCAAGGCGAGCGUGGUCUAUUCCCGGCCAACUACGUUGAGUUGGUGGAGGGCGACGACGAUGCCGGUGCUGCACCAGCACUACCUGCGCAUCCCUCAGCGCCGCAGGAGCCUGAGUCUGCCGCGGCACCACCACAGUCUGCUGGCGGUUCUGGCCCAACUGCCACUGCUCUCUACGACUACGAAGCCGCCGAGGAUAACGAGCUGAGCUUCCCUGAAGGAGCGACAGUUACUGGAUUGGAAUUUCCAGAUGAAGACUGGUGGCUCGGUAGCUACAACGGCCAAUCGGGUCUCUUCCCUGCCAACUACGUUGAGUUGAAUGACUCUUUCUCAAUGAGGGUCGAAGGCGUAGCCUUUGUUCUUGGUGCCGUUACCAUGUUGCAGGAAAGAAGGUCUGACGCAGCUGAAAUCGAAAAUUCCAGAAGAUUUCUCGAUCUGGCCAAAGCUGAGCAUUCCUCGGUCAUAGAUGACCUUAGGAAAACUAUCGAAAAGGACAUCUCCAAUAUCGUCACGGUUCUUCAGUUCACCAAGAAGAGUCUUAAGGAUGCCCAAACCGCCCUCGAACAGUCACAGAGGAUAGCUGCCACUCACUUCGAGUUCCGCGAAGCACUCGCCAAAGAACUAGCCCGAACCCGAACCCAGCGCAACUGGGCAGCAGCCGGCGUUGACCGCUCUCUGGAUGCAUUAAAUGAGGCGGAACGCAAAGCCUCCUCCCAGGAACUCGUCGCAUACGAAAUGCAGUGUCAAAUCAGGUUCAAGGCCAACGAGCUGCGCGACAUGACGCUUUCGUUAGAGAUAGCCAAGAAAGAGCUAGCGAUUGCCAAUGAGUUUAGCCAGAAGGCGCAAGACGAGAUUGACGAGCAGAAUCUGAGAAUCGAAGAACAAGAAAAGUUGGUCGAGAAGAAAGAGCAAAUAAUCCUAGCCGAGGAUUGGUGCACGAUAAGCCAAAACUGGUCGACAAACAAUGUUCAUGCCAUGGGAUCGGAAAUCGAGGGGGUAAGAGGGGAACUCGCAGAGUUUAGUGCUGAGAAUAAGCGUCUCACGCGAGAUCUCAAGGCCAUGGUCAAGCAUGCUGAAAUUUUCUACAAAGAGCGAGAGUUCAUGACCCAGCAAAUUGAGCAGCUUGUAUGGGACGUCAAUGCACUUAAGAUCGCCAAGAAAGAGAACGGUUCUGCGGAAGAUAUGGACGUAAGCGCUACAGAAGACGAAGAGGAAGACGAAGAGGAAGGUGAGGAGGAAUACCCCUCUUGGUUCCCCGACGGAGACGACGGUAAUGAUGACACGUCACACAAGCUCAACGAAGAUAGCGAAAAAGAGCUGGAAUGGUUUGUCCACACGCCGACAGCCACCACAGCAACUAAGUGUAUUGACGAAUGGUAUACGAAAGACGCCAAUCUAAUCAGAAAUGAAGGCAGGAACCAAGACUUAGACCAGUGGAUUGAAGAUGUAGACACUCUGGUAAAUAAUGAAGAUGGGUUAUAUUACAAGGAUCUGUACGAAUCCUUGUAUAGCGAGGAUGAAACUCUUGCCAUUACUACAUUUGAGGAAGAGGGCAAAGACAUGGCUUAG